AUGGAUGGAAAAAAUAACACACCUGAGACCUAUUUCAUUCUGGUUGGGCUUUCAGAAUACCCCAAGGCUCAAGCCAUCUUCUUCUGCCUGUUACUGGUGUCCUAUCUUGUCAUCUUGCUGGGGAAUUCUCUUAUUCUCUUCUUGAUUCAUUAUGAUGCCCGCCUCCACACGCCCAUGUACUUCUUCCUUAGCAACCUCUCCUUCUUGGACAUCUGCUACACUUCAGUGACUGUUCCUCAGAUGAUCAUUAACUGUUUAGUCACGAUUCCCAUCAUCUCCCUGGGCCAGUGCUUGGCCCAGAUGUGUGCUGGCCUUUACUUGGGGGUGGUGGAAUGCCUCCUGCUGGCCGUCAUGGCUUAUGACCGUUGCAUAGCCAUUGGUGACCCUUUACACUACUCGGUCAGGAUGGGUCCUCAGCUCUGUGCCCAGCUGGCAGGAGCAUCCUGGGUCUCAGCCUUUCUUCUCACUGUAGUUCCAGUCCUGAGCAUGCCACUAGAGUUCUGUGGCCACCACAUCAUCAACCACUUCUUUUGUGAACUCUUGGCCAUCUUCAAGAGUGCCUGCAAUGAUCUGAGGGUCUAUGAAUUCUUGACAAUGGCGACCAGUUCCCUGACUCUGCUGGUGCCUUUCACCUUCAUCCUUGCCUCCUACGGGCGCAUCCUUGGGGCGGUGCUGAAAAUGCGUUCAGCUGAAGGUCGAAAGAAGGCCUUCUCCACCUGUAGCUCCCACCUCACGGUGGUGGUCCUCUUCUACGGCACGGCCAUCUCCAUGUACAUGAUGCCGCAGGACAAGGCCAGCAGGGACCGGGACAAGAUCAUCUCCAUGCUGUAUGGUGUUGUGACACCCAUGCUCAACCCCCUUAUCUACAGCCUCCGGAACAAGGAUGUGAAGGGGGCCUUGCGGAAACUACUAGGAGAGAAGAAUGUCACAUAG